AUGACUCUUAGCUUCCUUGCCAUCCUCUUUUUCUCUUACUUUGCAUCUACAAAUCAUGCAUGCCACCAAAUUGAGAAGAGCUCUCUCAUGUCCUUCUUCCUAACUCUCUCUUCUCCUCCUUUAAAUUGGACUUCCAUGACCAAUUGUUGCUAUUGGGAGGGAAUCACUUGCAAUCAAAAUGGUUGGGUUACCCAUUUACACUUACCCUCCAAGGGGCUCAAAGGAGGCAUUCAUCCCUCACUUGGAAAUCUCACACAUCUCACCCACCUAAACUUCUCUCACAAUUCACUAUACUGCCCAACUUCAAAAGAAAUUGAAUUCUUCUUGCCCUUGAACCGUCUUAAGAUCCUCGAUUUGAGCUAUAACCUUCUUUCUGGAGAGCUUCCACUUUCUCUACCAUCUAAUAUCCAAAUUGUGGAUUUGUCCACCAAUCACUUUCAUGGAGUGGUUCCAUCUUCAUUCUUCCAACAAGCUAGGAAUUUGACUAGUUUCAAUGUAAGCAACAACACAUUCUCAGGGCCUAUCCCAUCCUUUAUUUGUCUCCAUUCUUCUCCCAUGAUCAAACUAUUGGAUUUUUCCUACAAUAAAUUCAGUGGCACUAUUUCUCGCGGAUUAGGGGAGUGUUCCACACUACAAGUUUUUCGUGCUGGCUACAAUAACCUCUCGGGAUUACUUCCAGCAGAUAUCUAUAAUGCUACCACUCUUCAAGAGAUUGUGUUACCUGUGAAUUUGCUUCAUGGAACCAUUAGUGAUAGAAUUGUCAACCUCACCAACCUUGCAAUCCUUAACCUCUACUAUAACCAAUUGAGUGGUGUGUUGCCCUUCCAUAUUGGAAAGCUCUCUAAGUUGAAACUCAUCCUCCUUCAUUUCAACUCUAUUGAAGGUUCUUUGCCCCCAACUUUGAUGAAUUGCACAAACCUCAUAGAACUACAUAUUGGAGACAACAACUUGGAUGGAGAUAUCUCGGCACUUAAUUUCUCCAAACUUAGUCAACUUAGUAAGCUUGACCUAUGGAGUAACAACUUCACUGGCACCAUUCCAAUGAGCCUUUACUCAUGCAAAUACCUGAAAGCAAUUCGAUUGAGCUUAAACGAUCUAGAGGGACAAAUUCAACCUGAGAUUAUUUCAUUGAAAUCUUUGUCCUUCCUGUCGCUUAGUGGCAACAAAUGGACCAACAUCACAGGGGCAAUGAAGAUAUUGAUGCGUUGUGAAAGCCUCGUAUACAUAACGUUUUCUUACAGCUUUAUAGGUGAGGAAAUUCCAGCUGAUGAUGGUCUGGUUGGUUUUGAUGGAUUUAAAAAUCUUCGAAUAUUGUCUUUGUGUGGUUGUGAGCUCACCGGUCAAAUACCCUUAUGGUUAUCUAAGCUCAAGAAGCUAGAGAUCUUAAACCUGGAUUUGAAUAGACUCAGAGGAUCAAUUCCUAGUUGGUUAGGGACUCUUCCAAGGCUCUUUUAUAUCAACUUAGGCUCCAACUUCAUUUCAGGUGAAUUUCCAAAGCAACUUUGUAGACUAGCAAUGUUGCUAUCUGAACGAACUGCAGCUCAAGUAGAUCAUAAUUACCUUGAACUGCCUAUCUUCAUCCGAUUGCGUGACAACGUGAAAGCUUUACAGUACAAUUAUUUGUUUUAUUUUCCACCAUCUAUUUACCUAUACAACAAUAGCAUAAGUGGCAAUGUACCUACUGAGAUUGGCCAGCUGCGGCUUCUCCAUAAGUUAGAUUUUAGCUUCAACAACUUCUCUGGCAGCAUCCCAGACCAAAUAUCUAACCUCAAAGACUUGGAUACAUUGGAUCUCUCCAUGAAUCAUUUGACUGGAAAAAUUCCAGAUUCACUCAAGAGUCUUAACUUCUUGUCAUAUUUGAAUGUCUCAUACAAUGAUCUUGAAGGACCAAUACCAACAAGCACCCAGCUGCAAAGUUUCAAUGCCUCUGCAUUUGAGGGGAAUCAGAAACUUUGCGGUGCCCUGCUUCCAAAUGAGUGUGGACUAGUUAAUGGCAGUGAUGCAGAUAACAAGAACAGCCAAGAUGUGGACGAUGAGGAUCAAAUUCCAUGGUUUUUUAUUUCCUUUGUGUCUGGAUUUAUUGUAGGGUUUUGGGGAGUAUGUGGUUCUCUAAUUUUAAAGACGGCGUGGCGAUAUAGAUAUUUCCAAUUCCUAGACAAUGUACAAGAUAGGCUCUAUGUUAUGAGAAUAAUGUGCAUGACCAUGAUGAGGAGAAGGCUUAGAACCUAG